AGGGCGAGGAAGAGGGAGGGAGGGAAGGAGGGCGGGCAGCGGCGGCUGCGGUGGCCGGGGCUUCCCUCCCCCGGCGGAGGCGGCUUCCCUGCAUCUGUGGCCGUGGGGCGCCGAGGAGCAGGUAACGAAGGCGCUUUCCGAGGCGGGAUUGGACCAAGCCAGAGGGACCGAGUCUUCCGGGUCUCUGCCCAACGCCCUGGAGGGGAGAGAAGCGGGGGCUCAACCCCCAGACCUCCAGAAAUGACGUCAGAAUCAUUUGCAUCCCGCUGCCUCUACCUGCCCGGUCCAGCUGGGACCCUGCCUCGCCGGCCCCAUGGCCAGAGGGUUGGAAAUUAAUGAUCAUGAGCUCGUAUUUGAUGGACUCUAACUACAUCGAUCCGAAAUUUCCUCCAUGCGAAGAAUAUUCGCAAAAUAGCUACAUCCCUGAACACAGUCCGGAAUAUUACGGCCGGACCAGGGAAUCGGGAUUCCAGCAUCACCACCAGGAGCUGUACCCACCACCGCCUCCGCGCCCUAGCUACCCUGAGCGCCAGUAUAGCUGCACCAGUCUCCAGGGGCCGGGCAAUUCGCGAGGCCACGGCCCGGCCCAGGCGGGCCACCACCACCCCGAGAAAUCACAGCCGCUCUGCGAGCCGGCGCCUCUCUCAGGCGCCUCCGCCUCCCCGUCCCCAGCCCCGCCAGCCUGCAGCCAGCCAGCCCCUGACCAUCCCUCCAGCGCCGCCAGCAAGCAACCCAUAGUCUACCCAUGGAUGAAAAAAAUCCACGUUAGCACGGUGAACCCCAAUUAUAACGGAGGGGAACCCAAGCGCUCCAGGACAGCCUACACCCGGCAGCAAGUCCUGGAAUUAGAGAAAGAGUUUCAUUACAAUCGCUACCUGACCCGAAGGAGAAGGAUCGAGAUCGCCCACUCGCUGUGCCUCUCUGAGAGGCAGAUCAAAAUCUGGUUCCAAAACCGUCGCAUGAAAUGGAAGAAGGACCACCGACUCCCCAACACCAAAGUCAGGUCAGCGCCCCCGGCCGGCGCUGCGCCCAGCACCCUCUCGGCAGCCACCCCGGGCACUUCUGAAGACCACUCCCAGAGCACCACGCCACCGGAGCAGCAACGGGCAGAGGACAUUACCAGGUUAUAAAACAUAACUCACACCCUGCCCCCAUCCCAGGCCCCCAUCCUCCCCUCACACGAAUUGACUCUUAUUUAUAGAAUUUAAUAUAUAUAUAUUUUUUGGUUCUUUUCUCUCUUCCUCCCACCUUAUCCCUUGUCAUUUCCAAACAGACAAAACAGAUAAACAAACAAGCCCCCUGCCCUUCUCUCCUUUCCACUGUUAAGGACCCUUUUAAGCAUGUGAUGUUGUCUUAGCAUGGUACCUGCUGGGUUUUUUUUUUUUAAGGCCAUUUUGGGGGGUUAUUUAUUUUUUAAGGAAAAAAAGCUGCAAAAAUUAUAUAUUGCAAGGUACGAUGGUCUGGUUUAGGUGCAUUUCAGGGGAAAUGAGGAAAGGGAAAGAGAUUUUUAAGCCAAUUCUCCUCCUUCUUUCUCCUCUUCCUCCUCCUUCCCCGCUCUUUCCUUAGGCCUUUUGCAUUGAAAAUGCACCAGGGGAGGUUAGUGAGGGGGAAGUCAUUUUAAGGAGAACAAAGCUAUGAAGUUCUUUUGUAUUAUUGUUGGGGGGAGAUGGGAGGAGAGGGGGGAAGACAGCAGACAAAGCUAAAUGCAUCUGGAGAGCCUCUCAGAGCUGUUCAGUUUGAGGAGCCAAAAGAAAAUAAAAAUGAACUUUCAGUUCAGAGAGGCAGUCUAUAGGUAGAAUACCCCUCAGCCCCCCCCCCAUCGUGGUUAUUGUGUUUUUGGACUGAAUUUACUUGAUUAUUGUAAAACUUGCAAUAAAGAAUUUUAGUGUCGAUGUGAAAUGCCCCGUGAUCAAUAAUAAACCAGUGGAUGUGAAUUAGUUUUA